AAGCAACAAAAAAAUCAAUUUAUAUAACACAAGGAAAUUGAUAAGUAUCGAUUUUGAAGGGUAUACUGGUCUUCGAAGAAGAAAAAACACAAAAAAAACUAAUAAAACGAGCGGUGUUGCUGUGUCCAAGCCUCCUCGUCUUCUUGUGAAAGCUUGUAUAUAUACGAUUGCUCUCCCUCCUCCGCUCAAAUCCUUCACCCCUCUCUCUCUCUCUCUGCAUUAUCUCUUCACAUUCUCUAAGGUCUCUCAGAAUGGCUGCAGCUACCAAUGGAAGUACUGACUACGGUGCCUACACAUACAAGGAGCUUGAGAGGGAGCUCUACUGGCCUUCCGAGAAGCUGAGGAUCUCCAUCACCGGCGCUGGAGGUUUCAUCGCUUCCCACAUUGCUCGCCGUCUGAAGCACGAGGGCCACUACGUCAUUGCUUCUGACUGGAAGAAGAAUGAGCACAUGACUGAGGACAUGUUCUGCGACGAGUUCCACCUUGUUGACCUCAGGGUCAUGGAGAAUUGCCUCAAGGUCACCGAUAAAGUUGAUCACGUCUUUAACUUGGCUGCUGAUAUGGGUGGGAUGGGUUUCAUCCAGUCCAACCACUCGGUGAUUAUGUAUAACAACACCAUGAUUAGCUUCAACAUGAUUGAGGCUGCUAGGAUCAAUGGGAUCAAGAGGUUCUUCUAUGCUUCAAGUGCAUGUAUCUAUCCGGAGUUCAAGCAGCUGGAAACUACCAAUGUGAGCCUCAAGGAGUCAGAUGCUUGGCCUGCUGAGCCUCAAGAUGCUUAUGGUCUGGAGAAACUUGCAACGGAGGAGCUCUGCAAGCAUUACAACAAAGAUUUUGGCAUUGAGUGCCGCAUUGGAAGGUUCCAUAACAUCUAUGGUCCCUUUGGAACAUGGAAAGGUGGAAGAGAGAAGGCUCCAGCUGCUUUCUGCAGGAAGGCUCUGACCUCCACAGAUAGGUUUGAGAUGUGGGGAGACGGGCUUCAGACCCGUUCAUUUACCUUCAUUGAUGAGUGUGUUGAAGGUGUACUCAGGUUGACUAAGUCAGACUUCCGUGAGCCGGUGAACAUUGGAAGCGAUGAGAUGGUGAGCAUGAAUGAGAUGGCUGAGAUGGUUCUCAGCUUUGAGGAAAAGAAGCUUCCAAUUCACCACAUUCCAGGCCCUGAAGGUGUUCGUGGCCGUAACUCAGACAACAAUCUGAUCAAAGAGAAGCUUGGUUGGGCUCCAACUAUGAGAUUGAAGGAGGGGCUUAGAAUAACCUACUUCUGGAUAAAGGAACAGAUUGAGAAAGAGAAGGCUAAAGGCAGUGAUGUGACGCUUUAUGGUUCAUCUAAGGUGGUUGGGACUCAAGCACCGGUUCAGCUUGGCUCACUCAGAGCUGCUGAUGGAAAAGAGUAAAUGGAUGGGUUUCACUACUAUCAAGCUUGGUCUUAUUUAAUAAUUAAGGUCAGGAAAUUAUGUUUUAGAUAUAAGGUCUUAGGAAAGCUUUCCUUUAAAAAGAAAAAAAGCCAAUAAUAAGUGUUUUUGGAUUUUGAGUCUCCUUCUCUUCUUCCUCUUCUGCUCAUCUUUCUUUCUCUGUAGCAAACUUCUUUUAUUAUUAUUUUUUUAGUUGAAGAAGUCAUUUUCUUGUGGUCCUUUCACAACAUGUUCACCAUCAUUGUCAACUUGGUGAUGCUGUGGUGGUACCAACAGUCAAGUUGGCAAGUCUUUGUGAUAUUUAUCUUUCAUCUUAUCAUUAUCUUAUAUUAUGUCUUUCACA